AUGGCCUCGGUGCACUUACACCCGUGCGUAUCCUGGCUGGCCAUAUGGUCGAUGCUGCUGGCAUUCCUGUCCUCCAACGUCCCCGUGGCUGCAGACCAGACAUCAUGGAUUAAAUAUACGGGCAAUGACGGCACAGUAUGGCUCGACGACGCCCGGAGGCCGUCGUUAUAUACCCAGAACUUUGGCGACUGCCAGGGCGACUCUCUCAUCAAUGUCACUCGCUUCGAUGCCGCGUACUACAAGGACAACAUGACAGUCCUGUUCCACUUGGAGGGAAAUUCUGCGUUGACCAACGAGAGCUUGAUGCUCUACAUCGGUGUCUUUGCCUACGGGGAGUCGCGUUUUGAUCUGACCUUCAACCCCUGCAAUGCAAACAUUGACAGCCUGUGCCCGUUGAACUCGUCCAUACCCAUCACAGCCAAUGGUAUUAUUCCAGUGUCGCAAGCCGACGUGGCCAACAUACCGUCGAUCGCGCUCACCAUUCCGGAUUUCGAGGGACAGGCCAUUCUGCGGAUCUUUGCGAAUUCAACCCAGUCUCAGAUCGCCUGCUUCUCCGCCGUUGUCACCAAUGGCGCGACAUUCUCCCAUCCGACUGCUAUUGCGUCAGUGCUCGGUGUGUUCACCGUGGUGGCCUUGAUAUCGUCGAUCGCGGUAACAGUCUAUGGACAGAGUGUUCCGGAAACCCGCAAGCAUUAUGCCCAUUCGAUCUCGAUGCUGGUGGUAUUCUCCGUCUACCAGCACAUCUUCUUCACGGGAGGGUUGUCGAUGAAUUGGCCGAGUGUUCUUGUUUCGUUCUGGAGCAACUAUGCAUGGUCGGCCGGUAUAAUAUACAGCCGGCAGAUGCAAAACUCCAUCAACCAGUUCAUUGGAGGCAACCGGGGCAAUAUCAGUAUGGUGGGGGCGGCUCCAAGUGGUGAAAAUGCCGUCGGCCUCGGCGGUGGGUACCAGAUCUCGCAGAUAUACAAGCGUGCGACCUUGAUCCCUUUCGAACCCUACGAAGGGACAGGGACGACCUUCCGGCCUUCUGAGUUGGAACAUGUCCUCAGGAGAAGGGACACCGGCAAUUUCACCGCGGCUCCGUGGCACGGCACACCGGUGCUUCCUGGGUUGCCCUUGCCUGGAAACUAUUCUGGAUUUGCUGGGACCUUGGCUGAGCUGAAUAUUCCUGCCUCUAACGCCUUUUUGACGGGACUUCUGUGGUUCCUGAUUCUCGUCGCCUGCCUUCUGGGCGCCGUUGCCUUACUCAAAUUGACCGUGGAGGGUCUGGCGGCCGUGAGACUCGUCAAGACACACCGGCUAGGUUAUUUUCGAAAACAUUGGCUGUGGUUUUCCGGCGUGGCGGUCUUACGGACGUGUUACAUUGCCUUUUUCAUGAUGAUGUUUUUGACCAUGUUUCAAUUCAGUCUGGGUGGAGCUAAUGGCGUCAAAGCCAUUGCUGCCGUGGUGUUUGUGGUCGUCCUCGUCGGAAUGUUCGCUGUCGCCGGGUAUGCUUUGUGGUACCGAACCAAAUCUGAAGCAAUAGCAGAAGUGACUGGAGAAGGCAGUGGUGAGUCCGAGCCUGCCGAGAAGACCGCUCAAUCUACAUGGUACAAACUCGGCCGAAGAAGGACGCGUGGCGAUGAUGCCGGUGGGCCAGACAUAGCCAAAGAGCCCACGUGGCUGCAAAAGCAUCUGGUAGAUUUCGACACAGGGCGAGUCCAUGUCCAUGACGACGAACAUUAUAUGACCAAGUUCGGGUGGCUGGCAGCUCGAUUUCGCCGGAGCAAGUGGUGGUUUUUCUCCGCCUGGCUGCUGUACGAACUGGUUAGGGCCGCGUUCUACGGCGGUGCCGCAGGGCACGCCUUAACCCAAGUGUUCGGUCUGUUGGCCUGGGAGACGAUCUCACUGGUCGCCAUUGUCUUGAUGAGGCCCUUCGAAAGCAACCGACUCAACCUAUUGAUGGUAUAUCUCCUGGGUUUCAGCAAGGUCGUGACCGUGGCGUUGUCCUCGGCGUUUGAUGCUCGAUUUGGUCUGGAUCGGAUCUUGACGACUGUGAUAGGAGUCGUCAUCAUCGUCAUUCAAGGAGUCUUGACCAUCUGCCUGAUGAUUGCUAUCGUGUUGGGGGCCAUCUCCAGUUACAUGUCCAUCACUCGGUACCGCGAGACCAUCAAACCUCAGUCAUGGCUAGGCCCCCGGACGCGUUAUUUCGAACAUGUUGAUCAGAAAGCUACGGACCGACCCAAGCCUCCUCCGCCUCCUCCACCGCCCGAGCCAGAAGUUCCGAAGGAGCCCUAUUUCACCGUGGCGGCUGUACGUCGGCAGCCCAAAAUCGAGGACGAAGUACCCGUAACGGAGCUUUACACGUCACCACGAGUCUCGAUGAACCCGGAGCGAGAGCUGAGUCAACAGAGAGGCGUCUCUCGGACACAAUCCAUGCGAUCUCGAACUAGUGUCUCGAAUCUGCCCUACGGCGCCAGACCGCAUCGGAUGAGCUGGAGCACUCACGACUUCCAUGACUUGGAGGCGGAUCGUGUGAUGAGCCCCGUGCACCCUAGAAUGAGCCUGGAGAAUAUGCAGGAUGUUUCACAGAGACCUCGCACAUCGAGUCUGAGAGGGCCGUCACGAAACGGGCCUGUGGGCUUUGAUAUAGCCACGACACCCAAUAGUUCGGACACCCAGCUACAGCGGAUUCGACAUCGACGCAGUGUGUCCACGCCUCUUGGCCCGAACCGGAACAGUUCCGUUGUGCACGAAGAAAAGGAGACUGAGUCUGUCGAAAAUGACCAUUGA